AUGGCCACCGCCGCCACCGAAGAGCCUUUUCCUUUUCACGGGCUCCUGCCAAAAAAGGAGACCGGAGCCGCCUCCUUCCUUUGCCGCUACCCGGAGUACGAUGGGCGAGGGGUUCUCAUCGCCAUCCUGGACACUGGGGUCGACCCGGGAGCUCCGGGCAUGCAGGUUACAACUGAUGGAAAACCCAAAAUCCUUGAUAUCAUUGAUACUACAGGAAGUGGUGAUGUGAAUACUGCCACAGUAGUAGAGCCAAAAGAUGGUGAAAUUAUUGGGCUUUCAGGAAGAGUGCUUAAGAUUCCUGCUAGCUGGACAAAUCCCUCAGGAAAAUACCACAUUGGCAUAAAAAAUGGCUUUGAUUUCUAUCCAAAGGCUCUCAAGGAAAGAAUACAGAAAGAACGAAAGGAAAAAAUCUGGGACCCUGUUCACAGAGUGGCCCUUGCAGAAGCCUGUAGAAAACAGGAGGAGUUUGAUGUUGCCAACAAUAGCCCUUCUCAAGCAAAUAAACUAAUCAAAGAAGAACUUCAAAGUCAAGUAGAAUUACUAAAUUCUUUUGAAAAAAAAUAUAGUGAUCCUGGCCCGGUAUAUGACUGUUUGGUGUGGAAUGAUGGUGAAGUCUGGAGAGCCUGCAUUGAUUCUAAUGAAGGCGAGGACUUGAGCAACUCAACGGUCUUGAGAAACUACAAAGAAGCCCAGGAAUAUGGCUCAUUUGGUACAGCUGAGAUGCUGAAUUACUCUGUUAACAUAUAUGAUGACGGAAACCUACUCUCCAUUGUGACCAGUGGAGGUGCUCAUGGAACACAUGUAGCUAGUAUAGCAGCUGGACAUUUUCCAGACGAACCUGAACGGAAUGGGGUAGCUCCUGGUGCUCAAAUUCUUUCAAUCAAGAUUGGUGACACAAGACUCAGCACAAUGGAAACAGGCACAGGCCUCAUCAGAGCGAUGAUAGAAGCUAUAAAUCACAAGUGUGAUCUUGUCAACUACAGCUAUGGAGAAGCAACUCACUGGCCGAAUUCUGGACGAAUUUGUGAAGUAAUUAAUGAAGCGGUAUGGAAGCAUAAUAUUAUUUAUGUCUCAAGUGCUGGAAAUAAUGGUCCUUGCCUUUCAACAGUAGGUUGCCCAGGUGGAACCACAUCAAGUGUCAUAGGUGUUGGUGCUUAUGUUUCUCCUGAUAUGAUGGUUGCUGAGUAUUCUCUGAGAGAGAAACUGCCUGCAAAUCAAUAUACUUGGUCUUCUAGGGGCCCAAGUGCUGAUGGGGCUCUUGGAGUCAGUAUCAGUGCUCCAGGAGGAGCCAUUGCUUCUGUUCCUAACUGGACGUUACGAGGGACUCAGCUAAUGAAUGGGACAUCUAUGUCUUCUCCAAAUGCGUGUGGAGGCAUUGCUCUUGUGCUUUCAGGUCUGAAAGCGAAUAAUGUUGACUAUACAGUUCAUUCGGUCAGAAGAGCUCUGGAAAACACUGCAGUCAAAGCUGACAAUAUAGAAGUAUUUGCCCAAGGACAUGGUAUUAUUCAGGUUGAUAAAGCCUAUGACUACCUCAUUCAGAAUACAUCAUUUGCUAAUAAAUUAGGUUUUACUGUUACUGUUGGAACUAACCGAGGCAUCUACCUCCGAGAUUCUAUACAAGUGGCUGCACCUUCAGAUCAUGGUGUUGGCAUUGAACCUAUAUUUCCAGAGAAUACGGAAAACUCUGAAAAAAUAUCCCUCCAGCUUCAUUUAGCUUUAACUUCAAAUUCAUCUUGGGUUCAAUGUCCCAGCCAUUUGGAACUCAUGAAUCAGUGUAGACAUAUAAAUAUACGUGUGGAUCCCCGCGGCUUAAGAGAAGGAUUGCAUUAUACAGAGGUAUGUGGCUAUGAUACAGCAUCUCCUAAUGCAGGUCCUCUUUUCAGAGUGCCAAUAACUGCAGUUAUAGCAGCAAAAGUAAAUGAAUCAUCACAUUAUGAUCUGGCCUUUACAGAUGUACAUUUUAAACCUGGUCAGAUUCGAAGGCAUUUUAUUGAGGUUCCUGAGGGUGCAACAUGGGCUGAGGUUACAGUGUGUUCAUGUUCUUCUGAAGUAUCAGCCAAAUUUGUUCUUCAUGCAGUACAGCUUGUGAAGCAAAGAGCAUAUCGAAGCCAUGAAUUCUAUAAAUUCUGUUCCCUUCCAGAAAAAGGAACACUGACUGAGGCUUUUCCUGUUUUAGGUGGUAAAUCAAUUGAAUUCUGCAUUGCUCGUUGGUGGGCAAGUCUUAGUGAUGUCAAUAUUGAUUAUACCAUUUCUUUCCAUGGCAUAGUUUGUACAGCUUCUCAAUUAAAUAUUCAUGCUUCAGAAGGCAUCAACCGUUUUGAUGUUCAGUCUUCCUUAAAAUAUGAAGAUCUGGCUCCCUGCAUAACUUUGAAGAGCUGGGUCCAAACACUACGGCCAGUGAGUGCAAAGACGAAACCUUUAGGAUCAAGAGAUGUUUUGCCAAAUAAUCGUCAACUUUAUGAAAUGAUCCUGACAUACAGUUUCCAUCAGCCCAAGAGUGGAGAGGUAACUCCAAGCUGCCCACUACUUUGUGAAUUGUUAUAUGAAUCAGAAUUUGACAGCCAGCUGUGGAUUAUUUUUGAUCAGAACAAAAGACAAAUGGGCUCAGGCGAUGCUUAUCCACAUCAGUACUCUUUGAAAUUGGAGAAAGGAGAUUAUACAAUUCGACUACAAAUUCGUCAUGAGCAAAUCAGUGAUUUGGAACGUCUUAAAGAUCUUCCAUUUAUUGUUUCUCAUAGGUUGUCUAAUACCUUGAGCUUAGAUAUUCAUGAAAAUCAUAGCCUUGCACUCCUAGGAAAGAAGAAGUCAAGCAAUUUGACAUUACCACCUAAAUAUAACCAGCCGUUCUUUGUUACUUCCUUACCUGAUGACAAGAUACCUAAAGGAGCAGGACCUGGGUGCUACCUUGCAGGAUCCUUAACAUUGUCAAAGACUGAACUUGGGAAAAAAGCUUCACUAGUAAAAGUUCAUUAUUAUUUGUGUGUCGUUCUAACUCCCAGGGGCAGUCUGCAGCAAAACGACAAGGAAAAUUUAAAAAGGCUGGAUUCUAGUGACAUUUAUAAUGAAUUGAAAGAAACAUACCCUAAUUACCUUCCUCUGUAUGUUGCACGACUUCAUCAACUAGAUGCUGAAAAGGAAAGAAUGAAAAGGCUUAAUGAAAUUGUUGAUGCAGCAAAUGCUGUCAUUUCUCAUAUAGAUCAAACAGCCCUAGCAGUUUACAUUGCAAUGAAGACUGACCCUAGACCUGAUGCAGCUACUAUAAAAAACGAUAUGGACAAACAGAAGUCUACCCUUGUAGAUGCCCUUUGUCGGAAAGGAUGUGCCCUGGCAGACCAUCUUCUUCAUUCCCAGUCUCCAGACGGGGCUGUUUCAUGCGAUGAAGCAAGAAAAGAGGAGGAAAGAGAAAGUGCUCUAGACUCUCUUACAGAAACUUUUUGGGAAACAACAAAAUGGACUGAUCUCUUUGAUAAUAAGGUUUUGACAUUUGCUUACAAGCAUGCACUAGUAAAUAAAAUGUAUGGGAGAGGCCUUAAAUUCGCAACUAAACUUGUGGAAGAAAAACCAACAAAAGAAAAUUGGAAAAAUUGCAUUCAACUGAUGAAGUUACUUGGAUGGACCCAUUGUGCAUCUUUUACUGAAAACUGGCUUCCCAUCAUGUAUCCGCCUGAUUAUUGCAUAUUCUAA